AUGGAUAAGAUACACAGAUUUAAUGUCGUGCACCGACUCGAGAAGCGGCAACUGCUGAUAGCUAUCAAUUGCGUCGCGGGCCUCUCCAUUCUUUUCUUUGGCUAUGAUCAAGGUAUGAUGGGCGGUGUCAAUACCGCCUACGAUUACUACACUCGUAUGGGAUUUGGCCACCGAGGUCCCGACGGUGCCGUGGUCGUUGACGACUCUCUGCUGCAAGGCGGGAUCGUGUCCGUCUAUUACCUGGGAACACUUGUCGGCUGCUUGGUCGGAGGUUCCUUAGGGGACAGGUUCGGAAGAGUAAAGACCGUCUUCAUUGGCGCCGCCGUCGCCGUGGUCGGAGCCAGCUUGCAAUGCUCGGCUAUGAACAAGGAGUGGAUGAUCUGCGCUCGACUUGUCAAUGGCUGGGGCACAGGAAUUCUGAAUGCAAUUGUCCCGGUUUGGGCCACCGAAACAGCCGAACACAAGUCGCGCGGCCAAUUCAUUGCGAUUGAGUUCACGUUGAAUAUCGCCGGCGUUGUCAUUGCCUACUGGCUUGAGUACGGAUGUUCAUUCUACGGGGACGGCACGUCAUCUUUCAUUUGGAGAUUUCCAAUCGCGUUUCAGAUUCCCAUGCUCCUGGGACUGAUGGCAUCUGUUCUUUUCUUCCCGGAAUCUCCCCGCUGGUUGGUCAAGGUUGGAAGAGAAGACGAGGCACGAUACAUUCUCGGUCGACUUCGAGGCGACACUGGGAAAGACAGGGAGUCAGCUGAGCUCGAAUUCCAGGACAUCAUUGCGUCUUGCGAGCUUGAGCGGACGAAUUUCAAGAAGCAGUCCUACGUCCACAUGUUCUUCGGCAAGGGAUCCGGCAAGCUUCAUACCGGUCGCCGAAUUCAACUGGUCAUUUGGCUUCAGAUCAUGCAAGAAUGGAUUGGAAUAGCCGGCGUGACAAUAUAUGCGCCAACAAUCUUCGGGAUCGCAGGAAUGAGCCCAUCGAAACGCCAAUGGAUAUCCGGUCUGAACAACAUCUUCUACAUGUUUGCCACGUUGAUCUGUGUCUUCACCCUGGAUCGUAUCGGGCGCCGAUGGACGCUUUAUUGGGGCUCUGUCGGUCAAGGGAUCGCAAUGGCGUUGGCAGGCGCGUUUUCAUAUCUCGGCCAACAGGCUACCGCGAAUGGGGACCUGAGCAAAGCUUCUAGCUACGGCAACGCCGCGGUUUCCAUGGUAUUUAUCUUCACCUCUGUUUUUGGUGCGACAUGGCUCACCGUGCCAUGGCUGUAUCCCGCUGAGAUAUUUCCUCUCGAAAUUCGUGCCAAAGGAAAUGCAUGGGGUGUUUUCGGCUGGAGCAUCGGAAAUGGCUGGCUCACGCUCCUCUGCCCGGUCAUGUUUGGAAGCAUCAACGAGAAGACGCUUUAUAUAUUCGCUGCUUGUAACGCCAUCACUAUUCCCAUGGUGUGGGCGCUCUAUCCAGAGACGAAUCAGCGCACGCUUGAAGAGAUUGACCUACUUUUCGCCGCAGAUAGCGUAUGGAACUGGGAGGCCGAGAAAAAUUUCAAGAGACUUCAGCAACAAGGUGUUCGUAGCGAGGAUGUGCAAGCUACAACCAAAGAUGAUGUUGAGCAAGCGUCAACCCGAAAAGGAAGUAUAGUACGAGGUAUGAGUCUGUAG